GCCUCUGAGGGAGCACAGCUUCCCUAUACUGUAGAGUGGCAAGCAGACAGGGAUGGCGCUGGGUUUGUUUUGUUGCGUGGAGGAUCUGCUGGCUGCUGGAAGUCAGUUAGUGUGGACUGUGGCUGAGCAGGUGCUGAGGAGAUGCUACAGUGAUGGGCUCGUGCCCUGUAGGAGGUUCCUGCAGACGUGGUGUCUUCUGGGAGAUGUCUAUCAGAUGACGGAGGGUCGGCUGUGUCAGGUGCUUCUCCUGGAUGACCGGCAGCUGGAACUGCUGGUCCAGCCAAAACUACUGUCCCGAGAUCUCCUGGAUCUGGUUUCAUCACAUUUUAACCUGAAAGAAAAAGACUAUUUUGGAAUCUCCUUUACUGACGAGAGGGAUCAGAAAAAGUGGCUUCAGCUGGACCGCAGGGUGCUGGAUCACGACUUCAAUAAAAAAUCCGGACCACUCGAGCUCAAAUUCCAAGUCAGGUUUUACAUUGAAAGCGUUGCAUAUUUGAAAGACGCAACCACUGUUGAACUGUUUUUCCGGAAUGCCAAGAUAUCUGUCUACAACGAAAACAUUGAAGUGGAGAGUGAGAUCGUGUUCAAGUUAGCUGCGUACACUCUUCAGGAGGCAAACGGAGACUAUACAAGUGAUGAAAGCACAAGAUCAGCCUUAAAAAAGAUUCCAGCUUUCCCCACUGCAGUUUUAAAGGAGCACCCGUCAUUAACAUUCUGUGAAGAUAAAGUAAUCGAGCGUUAUAAGAAGCUAAAGGGACUCAGCCGUGGACAAGCUAUUGUACGGUAUCUGACCUUAGUUGAAUCCUUGCCUGCAUAUGGAGUUCAUUACUACAAAGUGAAGGACAAGCAGGGACUACCGUGGUGGUUGGGGAUUAGCUAUAAAGGAAUCGGACAGUACGACCUGCAAGACAAGCUCAAGCCACGAAAGCUAUUUCUGUGGAAGCAACUAGAGAACUUGUAUUUCCGCGAGAAGAAGUUUGCCGUAGAGGUCAACGACCCACAGAGAAGAACAGCUUCUAGACGCACAUUUGGUCAGUCUGGCCAGGCCAUCCACACGUGGUAUGCCAGCCACUCUCUGAUCAAAACCAUCUGGGCGAUGGCUAUCAGCCAACACCAGUUCUACCUGGACCGCAAACAAAGUAAAGCUAAAAUAACAACAGCAAGAAGUUUGGGUGAUAUUGCCAUGGAUCUUACUGAGACUGGAGCUCCACGGAACAGUAAGCUGGUCAGCAUGGAGAGCAAAGACAAACUCAUCAUGGCCAGCAAUGGAAGUUUGGUCUCUUCCAAUUCUGCAGACAAUGAUGUGAAUGAGGAACAGAAGAAAGAGAAGAUAGCAGAGCUCAAGGACAAACAGGAGAAAAUAAAGCAAAUUCUGGCACUGAAGGAAGAAGAGUUGAAGAAAAUGUGCCUGCGGGAAGCUGAGUUGACCGGCGUGUUGCCUAAGGAGUUUCCUUUGGCAUCAGGAGAAAAGCCCCCCACCAUCCGAAGGCGUGUGGGAACUGCUUUUAAAUUAGAUGACCUUUUCCCUUAUGAUGCGGAUCCUUGUUUAAGAAAUCUGGAGAGCUGUUUCGCACUCCAGAAGAAGAUCGUGGAGGCAGCGAGAAAACUUGCUAAUGAAAACGAACUCGGGAAAACUGUGAAGAAGAAACGCAGGAGAAACCUUUUGGAUGCUACCAAAAAACUCCAGGCCAUCGAAAAUGAGAUUAAUGAUUACAGAGUGAAGAUUGGCAAGGAGCCCACACAAAGAGCUUCCGUCAUCAUUGCUGAUGAUGUUAACCUUGACAGCCUUUCAGACUGCCUGAAUUUGGAUGAUGACGAGCCGUCACAGAGACAGCGUUCUCGUUCAGUACAGUAUUCUCCACUUCCCAACUCAUCUGGCUCCUUCACUGCAUCCUACCAUUCAGAUCAACUAAAUCACACCAAUGACGACUACAGCAACUGCAGCAGAUUAAAUUAUGCUGAAGUCCAAGAACCCGUUGCCUAUAUUCACGAAGAUGCCUUAUCGACGCACAGCAGCCCUUACCGGCAACCUUUGCGACAACCUUCUGACUCGCGGAGCAUGCCACCAACACCUCAGCUUCCCCGCAACGCCUACAGCAGCAUCCAGCUCAGCAGUCUUUAUCGCCAGCGCAGCGGCAGUCUGGAAUCUCAGUCGCAGUUUCUAACCGAGAGCGAGCCGUCAGAGCCUGUCUUCAUCUCUGCUCCUCGUCGUAGCAACAGCACUGAGUUACUUGACGAUGGCUCGUCCUACACCAGCCAGUCCAGUGUGGAGUACUCCGCGCCUCAUUCCCGUGCCAAAAACCGCCAUCGACGGAGACAGGGCAACAUAUAUGCCAACACGGGGAGCAUGCCCAACCUAGCACAAAAUGACACGCGGGGUUACAUAUCCCAACCUCAACAUCCGCAAACCACCACAGCCUAUUACGUUACCGGAUAUCCAAGAUACAUUGAACCUGAAGUCUAUCCAAAUGGACCAUACAUGUAUGAAAGCGAGAUGGAGGGACACUAUAAUGUGAACCCGUCCUACCAUAGACACGAGCCACAUGGAAACUACGCUCCGGAUGAGAUGGAUGGUUUGUCUCAUAAUCUCUAUGCCACAUUAAGACCACCAAGGAAUCGUCCUCCAUCCAGGAAUGAGAAUUUGGUCAAAAACAUGCAAAGGGCUGAAGUGGUGGAACACUUGCGGGGUUGGUACAACAGACAGCACAAACCACAAGGAUAUGAUGCGUACAGGGUGCCACAGCAGAGCCUGAACUACAGGACCAUGUCAACGAGUUAUGUACGCAGCGACAGUACAGCUUCCUACUCAACAGUUGGUUCGGGGAACUGGCACGGUCGACCAGUCACGGCAAUGUCAGAGUAUGAAAUGCCUCUCGCACACCAUCAGUCCUACGGCUACAACACUGUCCAUCACAGCCACCCGUUACACAGCAGAUCCUACAUAGACGUGAGCCACCACGAUUCCCACACCAGCAGCCCAAUGGACAGCAGCUUUGACUCUGAAGACCAGCAGACGAUAUACUGGCACGAAGACUCCAAACCUGGAACGAUAGUGUAGAGAGUGAGACAAACUGUUUUCUGUUCACUCUCAGGUGCCUUCUUAUGCUUAUUAAUGGCAAAAAAAGUUUUUAACAUGAGGAAUGCAGCCAGACGAGAGGCUUGCGGAGACGAUCCUGCCAGCCGACUUAAGAGAGGACAAUGCAUUCUCUCUGUGAACAGACUUAUGGGAUAGCACUUCACCUUCAACACACACACAGAGAGACACUGUGGGGGAGGUUUUUUCGAUGCUGUGGGGCUGAAUGAACUUGCUGUUUAAACCCCAAUCUGUGAUAUUGAAGGAUUUGACAUUAAUACUUCACCAUGAUAUGAAGGAUUCAAGGCAGAUUUCUCUUUCUUGUGUGCGAAUUUCUCAGCAAACGUAUUCUGCAAUGCUGAUCUUUAGUUCUUUUUUAAGUUGUGUGUUCAUAGACUGAACACAAAACUGCACCACAGCUUUACAUUCAGUGUUUCAUUCAUUCACAUUCAGCUUAACCAGGUCUUUUACUGGAGGAUUGACACCUUCAACAACUAUAUUCACACUUGGAUUCUUCAAGCUUUUGACAUUUUACUGAACACAAAACAGUAUUUUUUCACUCUUUUACAUUCAUAAUAACAGUUAUCAGCCUUUUCUUGCAUUUCCAUUCGGUUAACGCUGUUAAGACUAACUUUUGGACCAAUCACAAAGCAGUAUUUCUGUUUUCAGGCUUACCAAGUACUUGUAAAUCCUCUUUGUAUCAUCUUGAGUCGGUGCCAAGUGUUCAACUUCCUUUUUAAUCCUCCUCAAGUGACGUGCAACAGCUCUAAUUACUGACACAUCACCGUUUAAUUGUAUUUAUACCGUCACUAACAAUUAGGCAGGUACAAUUGUGGUCAUUUACUGCACUUUUAUACCCUAUUGGACUUUGGAAGAUUGAAAAGCGUGACCCAUCUUAUUUUCUCUUCAGAAGGGAAUUGUAUAUGUAUUUGUAAAUACUGUAAAAACAUUUGAUACUUUUUUUUUCUCUUUGUUUUUUUUACUUUUUAGAGAGAUUUGUUUUUAUCAUUUUCAAAGCAUAUAAUAUAUAGUUUGGAUUUCUCAAGCUGGUUCUUAGUAAUUUGUCUAAAAAUAUUCAUCAGAAUUAAAAGCCAAAAACCAACAUUGGUUGCCUUUUUGGGGGUUAAUAUUGUGCAUGAAUGGUUGAGUGCAUUUAAUAGGAAAUCUAACUUUCAUAGUGACUUUGAGGAAACACCACCUGCUGGGAUGCAAUAGGGAAGUUGCAUGCUUCACUGAGCCUAUCUUCAUAUGCUUUCAGUACUAUAAAAAUGAUGGUUGUAUUCAUUUUAAAA